UGAGAUUUUAUUUGUAUUUUUAGCUGUGGUGUGGCCAGAAGCUAAGUUGGUGCAUCCAGAUAUAGCAUGAGGUCCCCAGAGAUUUGGGCAAACUGAGAGGCCAAUGAGAUGGAUCUUCUCUGAGAUAGGAUUUCUAAAAAGAUCAGACACAAUAUUAUAAGUUGCCUGUCUGCUUUGUGACACAAACAAGACACCACACAUCAAGAAUUCUCUUAUCCACUGACUUCCUACUGCUAUCCUUUGUCCACACAGACACUUUUUUUUUUUGCUAUGGAUGGACCCUGAUUGAGAAAAUCGAUUCUCCUUCACUGGAAAUUUUAAACAGAGGAUCCAUAUCAAAAAACUCAGAAAAACAACUUAAAGAAAAGACUACAAUCCACCUGAUGAAGACUGUUGUAACACAGACUCCUUAAAGCGCCAGACCAGAUGUUAGUAAAAAUGCAGUUUAUUAGUUCACAACCAAAAGGAGUCCAAAAAAAAAAAAAACUCAAAAGAUUCAGAACACUUAAUCUUCAGUGGGAAACACAGAAUUCCCAGCAAACAACACAAAACCCCAGACCCUGGAAAAUAACCAGAUUAACCGGAGUAUAAUCUGGUUUAAAAACAAACUUUGUAAAACAACAAAGAAGGCACUCCAAUUCCCAGCAGGAUGUCAGUAGGCAGGAAUUGAUGACCAGCAGGGGCCCGAAGACGUCUGUUGAAGUCACCCAAACACAAUGUCGACGUCGUUGAGUCCAAUCCAGGUCAAAGAAGGAGAAGUCAGUAAUACGAAAUCAGGUCCAGGUCAGAGAAGGAGAAGUCAGCAAUACAAAAUCUGUCAGAGUAUUUUGCAGCGCAGCAGUAGUUGGAUGGAGUCAGUGGAACGCAGAACGAAGAGACAUCAGACACGAUGGUAAAACUAUAUACAAGUUUUACUGAAAGCAGUAAUAAUCAAGACAAACAGACUUGCAGAUGAACACAGGACUUGACUCAACUCAGAAGAGAACAGAACUGAUGUAAUCAGUAAUGCACACACUUGUGUCUGGACACUCUAGGUCAGGGGUCCCCAAACUUUUUAAACAGGGGGCCAGUCCACGGUCCCUCAGACCGUUGGAGGGCCAGACUAGAGUUAAAAAAAAAAACUAUGAACAAAUUCCUAUGCACUCUGCAUAUGCCUCUUUUUGAAGUAAAAAAACAAACAAAACAGGAACAAAUACAGUCUUGAUGAUGAUGAUGAUGAUGAUGAUGAUGAUGAUGAUAACAACAACAACAACAACAACAACAACAACAAAGAGGGUUGGAAGAGAGCCCUUGGGCCACUAAGUCCAGCCCCCUUCUGCCUUUGUGCACCCAAAGCACAAGCAAAGCAACCCUGACAGAUGGCCUCCCAGCCUCAAUGUUAAUAAUAAUAAUAAUAAUAAUAAUAAUAAUAAUAAUAAUAAUAAUAAUAAUAAUAAUAACAACAAUAAUAAUAAAGAGGGUUAGAAGAGACCCCUUGGGCCAUUGAAUUCAACCCCUUUCUGCCUUUGUGUACCAAAAGCACAAGCAAAACACACCUGACAGAUGGCCACCCAGCCUCAAUUUUAAUAAUAAUAAUAAUAAUAAUAAUAAUAAUAAUAAUAAUAAUAAUAAUAAUAAUAAUGGUUGUAAGAGAAGAAGAAACCCCUUGGGCCAUUUAGCCCAACCCCCUUCUGUGCUUGUGCUGUGGGGGCCGGAUAAAUGGCUUCGAUGGGCCACAUCCGGUCCCCGGGCCUUAGUUUGGGGACCCCUGCUCUAGGUCAUCACAGCUUCUCAGCAAUUAACUCUUUCCAGGCUAUAGCACAAUCUAGAUGAUGCAAUCAGUAUGCAAUACAGACAAGACACAAAUUUCAUUUAAACACUACCUAUACACAAAUCCCACAUUAACAAAAUCCAGUCCAGGUCAUACACAGAGCCAAAGCGUAGAAUGCAGCACAGCAAGUUCACAGAAGUCUUCCCAAAGCACGUCUUCCCAAACAGCUCACACGGACACACGAACACCCAACAACACUUUGCCGACUGCCAAGGUGAUCCAUUUCCCAAACCCACUUUUAUCCAAACCCAUAAUUCCCCAAGACCCAGCUGGAUCCCCACUGUGCCAACCCUUAAACAUGUCGCUACUUGUGGGUUUUCUAAAGAUGUCCUGGAUCUCUCGCACCUUAGUCCAGUCCAUUAUCUCAUCCUCUGAACUUGUCAUCCCAUCCUCCUGAUUCUCAACCCCAUCAUUCCCCUCAAAGCCCUCAAAUGAGUCAUCAUCAGUAGGCUCCAUAAGUAUUUCCCGGAUCUCAUCAGAGUCUUGCUCACAAGUAGUCUUUCUUCCUCUUCUAGUGCACCUAGUAGUAUCAUUACUCAAAGACUCCAUCACAACAAAGACUCUUUUGAGUUGAAACUGGUUGUGGUUUUGGAGUCUACUAUCCAUAAUAAAGAAAUAAGAACAAUAAUUAUAUAUAAGAAGAGGAGUCAAUUUGUGUAUUUGGAACAAUUAAAGAACUAAAGAACAAUUAUUGUCCAUGAGAAGAGGAGUAAAUUCAUCUUUAAAGAGAAAAAUAUUAUUUUUACUGUGAAUGUAACAGUCCUUUGUUUGAUUGUAUAGCAAUGUUUUUUGUAUCUGUAUUCAUAUUGAUGCAUUGAACUAAAUAUAGGUUCAAUGACAUCUAAAACAAUUUCUGUAUCACUGUAACAGUGGAUACUUGUCUUUGUAGGCAUUGAAUUUUGCCAUUUAUUUGAUAUGAAUCACUUUGAGUCCCCCCAGGGGUGAGAAAAGUUGUAUAUAAAUGCAAUAAAUAAAUGAAUAAAUAAAUGAGAAGACAGGCUAGCUUGGAGAAGACAAUGAUGCUAGGGAAAAUGGAAGGAAAAAGGAAAGGGGCCGACCAAGGGCAAGAUGGAUGAAUGUUAUCCUUGAAGUGGCUGGCUUGUCCUUGAUAGAGCUGAAGGUGGCAAUGGCCGGUAGGGAGCUCUGGCAUGGGCUUGUCCAUAAGGUCAUGAAGAAUCAGAAAUGACUAAAUGAAUAAACAACAAAAAAUGGUUUCCACUGGGUUGUGGUAUAGCCUGGAAAAGUCUGGAAAAGUUUAGAAUAAACUUCACUUUUCUCUACCACUCUGAGAAAUACAAGGCUGUCAAGAUUCCCGAUUUUAUCCCAAAGUCCAGGCUGAAUGGUGGCACUGCAUACUUCUGGGUUUUAACCUGACUGACAGCUGCUUUGUGAUGCUGAGAUACUGGAGUGUUGUUUUGAAUACAAUGCCAUCUCUGGACAAGUUUCCAACCCCUUUAAAUACUUGCCUGAAUGAUCUGUCACUUUGUGGCUGGGAUUACAAUGGACAUGGUGGGAAGAAAAUAUUCCAAAUCAGAAAUGAUGUUAAAUAGUUGAUGCCCGAAAAAGGAAAGAGAAGCCAGAAAGACAGCUGCAUAUGCUGAUCACUUAAACCAACCAUCAUACAAACUGAUGGAGUUGCCAAGGGUGAGAUUAUCUCCAUAAUAAGUUCACAGAAGUGCUGGGGGAAUAAAGAAUACCCUCCUCUUUCUCCCAUCAAUCUUUCCUUAAGUUUCCUAGCAUAGUGCAUCAUUCCUUCUAGCUCAUCUCAUCACUCAAGUUUGGCUGCCGGUUUUAUGAGGGGGUGGGGAAGUCUCUGGGCUCUUCAGAGCUCUAAAAAGGAUUGUCCUUUCAGGAACUGGAAGUGUGCCAAUUUGCUAAGGGCACAGAGAGAGCAGGUGGGGAAAGACAUAGAAAAGCUAGAUUGAAAUUGGAAAUGGUACAUGUAUAACUGAUAAUGGAACAGAAUGUGACACUCGCUUACACUUCCUUUCUGCUUGUUAAGAAAUAUAGCCCUAAAAUUCUGGAAGUCUUUGUUCAGUGUGAAUUUCUAUGAUGCAAAUAAAGCUUGGACAAAUGCCACCCUCUUGUCUCAAUACCUGACCUUGUCCACUGUUGAGAAAAAUCUUGUGCCUGUUACGUUGGAGUCUCUUAGUUCAACAUUAAUCUAUUCCCCUCCCCCCCCCCCUCAACACAUACUUUUCUAGAUUGUAGCAGGAGAGGGCAGCAUACAAUGACCUAUGCCUGAAUCCAGAGCCAAAAUUAGGGACCUUAAAACUAGUCCAAUUAUUUCCUGAGAUAGGUAGGCUUACCAAAACAUACAGUUUUCUGGGAAUGCUCAAAAAUAGAUUAUUUGUCAUUUUUUUUAAAAAAAUUCAAUUCCUCUGAAAAUUCUGAUAAUGGAAAAGGGAAGGCAGUGUGAAAAAUAAAUCCGCUUCCUAAUCCUAUAGAAAAUUUUAGCAGGAGUAUUUUAGUUUCUGUAGUUUGGAUGAGGGAUUGUCAGUAAAAAAAAUGUGUUGCCUUUGUUUUUAUUUUCCUAAUUUUUCUGUAGCAAGCAAAUAGUAAAGUAGUCUGGAGCUAUGUUGGAUUUAGAAAAGAUUUGAGUUCUUUUUCUCCAUGAUUUAAAAAUCAUUAAGCCUUCUAAUUCAGUUCCUCUCUCAGCCCUGUCAGCUAAAAAUAUUAAUUAUAAAACCUAUUUUUCUGGGGUUUUUUAACUUGAUUAAUCAAAUUUAGGCAGAUAACUGAGUGUUUUAGAAAAUAUUCCAUUCCUAUUGCCUUUCUCUUCUAUCUCUGUCUGUAAGGACCUCAUCAAAUGGAGGUCCAUAAGCCAGGAGAUAGCGGGGAAUCCACAGGGCUGCAGGAGAAACCAUUGGACAAUGCCCUGCAUCACCUCCUUACAAUCCCAUGGUAUUUCCCGUCUGCCCCCAGCUUCGUUCUGUGCUGUUCCCAGUUUAGUCCAAGAGAACACAAGUAGUGUUCUCAGGGCAGCCUCUUAACAUGCUGCUGAGGCACAGCCAGGAUAGAACUGGGACAGAACCCCACCAGAAGUAGCCCUGUGUCAUGUGAUGGACUCUGAUGGGCUCUGUCCUGGCUGUAUUUCGGCAGUGUCCUAGGACAGGGAAAAAGCUCUGUCUGAUGUCCUCAAUAUCUUUCUCCCUCUGCUUUGUUAAUCACUUGAUCACUGGAUUAACAAAGAGUAUAAUCCAACAUGAGUUUUGUUCAUGAAUUUGGAUUUUUCAAACUCCCUCCCCUUUGAAUUCAUGUUCAUUCUUUUCUCCUGUUGUACAUCAUUUCAUUCACUUUUGCCUCCCUGCUUCUCUUUCUCUUUCUGAAGGGGUCACUUAGCCAACGUGACUCCAUUUUAGAAUUGCCUGUCUGCUGUGAAAUUAAAAGGAUCAGUCUCCCCUCUGAAUUAUGAAGAUUUGCAACUUGCUGUUUAUCAGCAUGUGUUCUAUGUUUAAGCAAUAAUUCAGUUGUGGUCAAGCUUGUGGUGGGCCGAUUCUAAGAAAUGUAUGCAAUAUAUAUGUGUUACAUAUUUUCUGCUUGCACCUGCUGAAAUGUUGUGGUUAGAAUAUCCUGGACUUGUUGACAACGCAGGAAACUCUAGCUCACCACAAACUGAAAUGGGGGAUUUCCAGUGAAUUCCAGUUCAGAAAGAGGAACUGAAAUGUGAUAAACAACUGCCCUAUAAAUUGGCCGGGAUGAAAACAUUCUUGGCCGACAGCUUUUGCAGCCUCACAUUGCUGUGUGGCUCUGUCAGCCGGUAGCUACCUAAUAAAGGUGUGUUUGUCCUCAACUAAUUUUGGGCUCUUUAUUGGUCUCAUAGCGGCUUGGCGAACUCGGGUAAUUUCAGUGAUUGGGGUAGUUCCCAAAAUCACCCCUUUCAUUUCUGGGGGCUGGUCCGGGAUUUUUGAAAUUUUGGGAUUUCUAGUACUUCGCCAAGGUUCCGUUGUAGACCGCUUAAGAGCUGCUCUUGGGAGCAAGGGCGUGUCCACUCUCCCCUUCCGGGGUGCCGCGUACGGUCCGCGCUGAGACGUGCACGGCCUCUCGAGGUAAAAUACCAGCGGUUCCCUGAGUGGCACCCGAGGCGAGGGAAGGUGAACUCUCCUCCAAAAACAACCUGUUGGGAGACAACCAUCGCUCGUGGGAAGGCGGCCGCCGCGGGACAGAACGCCAGAUAGGCAAGUAUAUCUCUUAAACCGCUGUUGUUUAGCAUUGCGGGGAGGGAGAGUUUUAAAUUGUAGAAUUGUUCUGGGUCCCGUUAGAAGCCCUUGGGAAAACGUGAGAAACCCAAAGGGAAGAGCUCUAGGUGAGACCUGGAAGGGAGAUCCAACCGGGUCUAGGAGGCAAGCCCUAUUAACUGGACGUGCACGGGAGAUCCAACCACAGUCUGGGGGACAUACUCCAUUGAAAAAUUUAUUUCUGUGCUUUCUUUUCGCAUCCUGUGGGAGGGCGGAGAAGACCUUGCGUUCCCGGUUACUGGCCAUUGAUCGUCUGGGGGUGCCGGCCAGGGUCGACUCCACAUACCACAAUGGGUGGGAAAGAAUCAAAGAGAUCCAAAGGAGCAGAAGGGUCGAUGACCCCUCUCCAAUGCAUGUUAGAUAAUUUUGAUAAGUUUUCCAAAUACACAUAUGAGAAAGGAAUGAAGCCAAACAAGUUGCGCUCGCUGUGUGAGGUGGAAUGGCCCUCAUUCCCCCUCACUCCCCAGUGGCCUCCUGAAGGGUCACUCGAUCUUGCUUUGACUGCGAAUGUCUAUAGAUUUGUUGGUGAGGUACACCCUGAUCAGGCCAAAUACAUCUCGGCUUGGUAUGAUAUUGUACGGAAACCACCUGAUUGGUUGAGAGAAUGCAAAUGCAUGGUGGUUGAAGAGGUGGUGCCUGGGGGGAAUAGAGGACUUGCCUCAGGUAAUUCCCAAAGGGGAAUUGGCACCCCAAUGGGAAAGAGAGGGGGAAGACAAAUUGCCAAACCUCCCCCCUACCAAGAUUCAGGGAAUCCGGCUGACGAACCCAUGCCGGCUCCCCCGUAUAUACCUACCCUCUAUACUCCACUGACAUCACACGUAAGGGGAGGUGCGGUAGGGGGACUUGACCUCACGGCAGCGGCAAGCGCCCCCAAGCAGGAGCAGCCUGCGGUGAGUUCUAGCCCCCAGCCGCUCUACCCCUCAGAAGAGAUAAAGCGAACGGAGAGGCAGGCAAAAAUAGAUGCCCGCCAGAAGCUGGUAGAAUUGAAGCAAGCCCAUUGUUAUAGUGAAUCAAGUGAUGAUGAGGCAACAUUGUGCCCCAUAAGGGAGGUGCCGCAACUUGUGCCAUUGUCCCUAGAUGAUCAGGGGCGCCCUAGAUUUGAGACUAGGACUUUGUUUCAACACGUUCCUUUUACUUCUUCGGACAUUCUCAACUGGCGGACGAACCGUCCCGCCUGGUCAGAAGAUCCGAGAGGCAUGGCGAACCUGGUUGAAGGUAUCAUUCAGACACACAAUCCUAGCUGGGUGGAUUUGAAACAGUUGUUAGAGGCUUUGUUGACGGCAGAAGAACGAGUAUUGUUGACGCAAGUGGGUAGACAGGAGGCUGCAAAGGAGCAUGCAACCUCUCGUAGUAUAGAUGCUGUGGAUGUGUACCAGGAAAGGGUAUUCCCAGUGAGGGAAGACCCACAUUGGGAUUUGAAUGAACCAGGUGGCCCUGGUAAGGAUGCACUGAGGUUGUAUCAGAAUUUGGUUGUGCGCGCUUUGAGGAGAGGAGUUCCAAGGGUCCCAAAUUUGAAAAAGAUUUACCAGAUGGAGCAGGAAAAGAAUGAAAGUCCGGUCGCAUUUCUGGAAAGGCUCAGGGAAGCGUUUGAGAAGUUCUCUCCCUAUGACAUGGAUGAUCAGAGGGAUCAAGCUGCAGGAAAGAUAGUGUUGAAGAGUGUUUUCUCUAGCCAGUGUAGCCCAGACAUACGGAGAAAGUUACAGAAGGAUGCUGGUUUGGCUCAUUUGACUUUGGAAAGGAUUUUGGAAAUUGCAAAUCAGGUUUACUUGUCUCGUGAGGUUGUGCAGGCAAAGAAAGAUGAAACAGCGGUGGCUCGCAGGGCCAAGGUCAUAGCUGCUGUGUUCCAGGGGGGACAGUCGCAAAGACCCAGAGGAUCGGGCUGGAAAGGAAAAGAUCAAGGAAAGAAAGGACCAGGGGGCAAGCCGCUGGGAAAGAAUGAAUGUGCAAGGUGUCACAAGCAUGGGCAUUGGGCAGCCGAUUGCAAAGUGGAUCUUGAGAAAGGACAGAAUAGAAAAGUGCAGAAUGGAAAUUGGAAAGGGAAAAGGCAGAACCGUGGAGCUGCCGGCCAGCCCAGAUGGGCUCCGGUUGCAGCUGGAUUGGUAGACCCUGCGUUAGAUGUGCAUGGAUUGGCCUCCGUGAGGGAGGAGGAUGAGUAUGAGCAAUAGGA